AUGCCUUCCGCGUCCGCUCGAAGACCUUACAUGGCUGUACCCACGAACGGCGAAGCUCUCAUCGAAGUUCUUCUCCGAAGCACUAUCGAAGAGCUAUCUCCUUCAACCAUCGCAACUACCAGUGCGUCCACGGCCACAACACCACAGCGCUACAAGCUCAAGCCUCGAGGUUCUACACAAACUGUGUAUCCUAGGCAAUAUGAGACCACAAACUGUGACAACCCUGCUACUCUACCAGCACGUAUGGCCAGCUCGAAGGCCAUCAGUUCAAGCCUUUGUCAGGACUUCUCAGCUUCGUACAAAGCUCAUACCGCCAAUAUGUCCUAUCCCAUGCAGACUGAGGUUAGUCAAUGGCUCGCAAACUUCAUAUCAGCAUCGAGUGGCUGGCGCUCAGCACUCAACUCGGAUGCUUACUGCUCGUCAGUAACAAACACGGUAACAACGAGUCGAAAACCAUACAACUGCGACGGUACUUGGACCAGUAUGAUUGAUGUACUUUGCACGGAGUCUGCCAUCGAGUUGAGCUGUGAUGUCUGCACUGGGUUUGGCAGCGCCUGGAUUUCGAAUUUCGCGCUCUCUUCAACAAUUCUCCCAGUGUGCGGAGCUUGGACAACUAACGUUAUUGACGAGACUACCCCAACAGGUAUUAUGGAAGGGGCACCAUCUGCCUCUGGUGCCGAAAAGAGCAAGGUCGUCAAUUCUGCAACACCUUCACCUACUAACAGCUUACCCACAAUCACGAAGACAAAUAGUCUGCUUUCGCUGACGCCUGGUGAUACUGCUACUCGGACAGCUGCCGCUGCCACACAACCAGGAUCGAGUACUAUGACAAGCGGAAGUAUCUUGUCCCUGAAGCCUGCCGAUAGUGCCUCCAUAACUGCGUCAGCUGCCAGUCCUACCAUCUUGAAUGCCGUGCAGCAAUCUGUGAGCAGCAAGCUGGAGGAUACGAUCAUUGUGGCGAUUGCACCUGUGGCCGUCACUUUCACGAGCACGAACUCUUUAGGUCAACCCGAGACAAUCAUUACACAGACCACGAUCGGUCUAGGUGUAUCGUCCAUUACCAUCGUUGCAACAAAUUCACAGGGCAUGCUUGAGACGAUUGUAACUUCUGUGGCCGCCGUUCCUGCACUCGUUCCUUCUUCCGCCACUAUCAUACUAACUAACGCGCAAAGUGUUGUCGAGACGGUGGUAGUUCCGGUCGCAGCCAUGGGUGUACUUGGGACAUCUUCAGUCGCCAUCUUGGUAACAAACGCUCAAGGCGUAAUAGAGACUAUCACGACUGCCGUUGCUGCAGUAGCUGGAUCUUCGGUUACCCUUCUGUCAACAGAUGCACAUGGUGUUGUUGGGACGGUCACAAGUCAGGUCAAUGCCGUACCUGCAAUUCCGGCGACCAUCGUCAUAACAGACUCUCGCGGGAACUUGAACACCAUUACAACGCAGAUUGCAGCGGUAGCAGCAGCGACUCUUUCUGCAACCGUUAUAGUAACAGAUUCUCUAGGUGUGGCUGAAACUCUCGUGGUUGCUGCCAAUCAACUAGUGCCCAUCACAAGCACGUGUCUUACCACAAAUUCACAAGGACAAGUGCAGACCUUGACAACUGUGAUCUAUGGUCUUACCGGUUCUCUUCAAACCUUCACCACGACUAAUGCUCAGGGACAAACGAUCACUGUGGUUAGCCAGCUACCAUCAUCAACGCAAUCCAGAUACACGACAACUACACAGUACACGUCCCUUGUUACCACCACAAAUACUGACGGAAGCGUUAACAGCUUCUCGGCCGUGGUGGUUGAAACGAUUGUGGUGAGCACGCCUCCAGCUCAAACCGUUAUGGCGACCAGGACGAGCACUGCACGAGCGUCUGCGACUAAUCUCGUGCUUGCCAAGAACGAAAAGGUGGUCAACGUGGAGUACUCAUCAUGGGUUUACACACUAGCUAUGUACAUCCCACCACUAUAUGCCGUGCUUGGAAAGGCAAUCUGGGAAAUGGUGUUCGCUGCCAUCAAGCUGAUCCAACCCUUCGAGAGGAUGAACACUGAACUUGGAUCGACUGCAUCAUACUCAAUCUUCGCUGAAUACCUCUCGAGCUCAAUCUCAUGGGACGCCUUCACAUCACUGACCCGCGGAAACUCAUUGCCGAUGCUAUCUGGGAUUCUCUACGUCGUUGGACAGAUUGCACCACCACUUUACGCGGCAUCGUCCACGAUCAAGGCACGUAGUGUGUGUACAUAUGCGGAUGGACACCAGCAGAAGUGCGACCCAGCUUGGGUAGUAGAUACGUUACUACUGCGCGUUGCUCAAGCUAUUGCUGGUGUGUGUCUUCUGGUGGUAUUACUCAUGAUCUGGUUCACGCGCAGGAGUCGGUCUGGUAUUGCUUCGGAUCCUUCGUCGCUAGCUUCAUUAGCGACGUUGAUGAACGACGAAUCUUUGCUGAAUGACAUACAGAAGAUUGGAUCAGAAGCGGAUCAUUCGAGCUAUGCAGCAGCUUUGGAGAGAUAUUGCUUUAUGCUCGAUUACCACAGCAGCUCUGAAGGCCAGCAGAUAUAUGGCAUCAUGGGCGUGAAGAGUAAGCAGGACACCUCGGAUUUACCCGAACUUGCAACUCGGGCAGCCUCGACAACUUACAACAGCGACAAUGUUCGACAGCGGUACAAUUACCACUCUAUUCGAAAUCCUGAGUCAGCUGCAGUAUCGUCUUAUGGUCAUACGUCUUUCACUUCUCGUCAACGCAAACACAUUGCUGCUGACAUCUGUGGCUUCCUCCUACCUCUCACGCUUCUUGCAUUAGUGCUGACGUUCUACCUCGACACCAGCCAUGAUGCAUUGAACCGAUUCUUUAACUCAAACACAUUGGCGCCCAAACUCCUACUUGUCGCUCUGGCAACAUUGUCGAGCUUACACCUUAGCCAUUUGGAACGACUCAUUCGCAUUUCAGAGCCGUUCCGUCGACUUGCAGCCAAUGACCCUCGUCUAAGUCAUGGAAGGAGCACAGAGAAGCCAGGUGUGCCUGCUGAGACAACAGUGCUGAUCACAAGAUCCGGUACACCCUAUUCGACGUUACCGAGCAAUAUCCUACUGACAGCGAAGCACGAGCUUCAUGGUGGACGGAUGAUGUUUCAAACGCUAAUGUCUAUCACCGUGAUAUUAUCAGACCUGAAUAUCAUCGCUGUGGCUGGUGUUCCUGUCAACGACGCAAUGACUUGGAAAUCGUAUUUGCUCGCUUCGAGACUGUCCAUCGCACUCACAGCAUGGAUCGUGCUAGUAUACUUAUUUGUUCUCUUAUGGUGGCGUAGAACUCCUGCAGUAAAGUACAUGGAGGGCAGAAGCAUGAGUAAAGGCGUUGGAACAGUAGGCGGAUGCAUGCGGUGCCUCUGUGGUGGAGAGAAUGGGAGUGACAUGGUCGACGUGGUAGUCAAGUUGAAGGAAGAGAAGGAAACCUGGAGAAAAUGGGACAAGAGUCACGGUGGAGAAGGUGGAAGCGAGGGUAGCACAAGAGUGUGGUUUGGGAAGACAGGAAAGAUUGGCGUUAAUGGCAGGGAGACUUGGAGUUUGUUGUUCGAACAGCCACAAUAUUCCAAUACGCCGAGCCAGAGGACGCGUAUGGUAGAAGCCGGGAUGCAUCACAGUAAGAAAACGAAGAAGAGAGACGCGAGGUGGUUUUGA